AUGUGUAUGUUAAGGAAUAGACCUAUUGUCAGAGCAUCCGUUAAAGAGCUGACGUUGUGCCCUGUGCCAGGAGGGAAGAGGACGACCGGGUCAUUAGCAAGUGGGACUGAGUUAGCAACAUCAUCGAACAACAAAACAACAUCAAAAUGGUUUGCUGUGGUUCUAGUUAGUGUCUUUGGACUGCCUUUGAGUCUCUCCCUAGACACACAAGUGGGUCUGACUGACAAAGUCCUGGUCUUCCCUUAUGAGACGGACUUCAGCUUUGUGGCCCUGAUCCCGCAGAAGGAGAUGGGACUGAGAGCCUUCACACUCUGCAUGCGCGUGGCCACUGAGCUGCCGGAAGAACGGCAGAUCAUCCUGUUCGCCUACCGCACAGCUGACUAUGACGAACUGAACGUGUGGCGUGAGAAGGACGGGCGCAUCGCCUUUUACAUGAGUGGGGACGGUGUCUCCUUUCACCUGCCGUCCCUCACCACCUUCCGCACCAGCCUCUGCCUCACCUGGGAGUCUCGCACCGGCCUCGCCGCCUUUUGGGUGGAAGGGAAGCGCAGCACCUACCAGGUCUACAAAGCUGGGCACAGCACCCGCCCGAAAGGCACCGUCCUCCUGGGGCAGGACCCAGACAAGCACCUGGGGGGUUUAGAGGCCGCACAGAGCUUUGUAGGGGAGGUGACCGAUCUGAAUAUGUGGGACUUUGUGCUGUCUAGGAGUAUGAUCCAGGCCUGGCAUUAUGGACACAAGGUCCCCAAGGGAAACAUCUUUGACUGGGCCACUAUCGAGUAUGAGCUGAAUGGGAACGUGCUGGUAGUGGAUGAUGACUGA